GUGAGGAGUUGGUGUUGGGGGACCCGACCAUGUAUACGAUGUUGCAUCGGGCGGAGGUGGAAUGGCCCUGUUUGUCGUUUGAUACGGUGCAGGAUAGUCUAGGCGCAUCGCGGAAGAAGUACCCGAUGACGUGUUAUGUUGUUGCGGGUACGCAGGCGGACACUGCGAAGAACAAUAAGAUUGUUGUGAUGAAGUGGAGUCAUAUGUAUAAGACUAAUAAGGAUGGUGAUGAGGAGGAGGAGAUGGAUGAUGAUUCUGAUGAUGAGGAUGAUGACCAGACUGAUGUGGACGCUAAAAUGGACUUUAGAAUGAUCAAGCAUGAGAGGGGUAGGAAUGUGGAGGGGAGUGA